AUUUAAUACAAUUAAUGAGCUCUAGAACUCCUAUUCCAACUUUCAUACUAAAAACCUAUUAAAUGCUUGAAGUAAUUGGUUUUGAAUAACUUUUAGGAACAAAAGCAUGCAAACAUAGUGAGUUGGACUGCUUAAGGAACCUCAUUUAUAGUGCAUAAUCAAUAGGAAAUGGAAAAAUAAGUCUUAUAAAAUUUCUUUAAGCAUAGUAAUUAUUCAAGUUUUGUCAGGUAAUCCAUUUAAUAUUAUAGUUUUUAGACAGUUAAACCUAUAUAAUUUCAAGAAAGUUAGAUCAACUGAAGGAUAAAUUUUUAAGCAUAAAUGUUUUAGAAAAGGGAUGAAGUAUUUCUUUUUUCUUAAUUUUUAAAGAUCGAUGUUAUAAUUUAUUAAAAGGAGAAAUCAAGAAGAUCUUGUUAAUCCUGCUAUAUAAGAAGAACCAAGUAUUUAAUAUUUUGCUAUCUCAAUAGCAAUUUAAAUUAAGGAAGAAUAGAACUUAUUUAAAGAAUGUGCCAUCGAUAUUAAAGAGACAAACAAUAAGUUAAAAGAAGAUAUGAAAUUAUUACAAGAAACUUCUUCUUAUUUGAUAGAUUAGAUGCAGAACUUAAAUCAUGUAUUAAAUAUUGUAUAUUAUCAGUUUGUUUACAAUUAAAGUGUCGACAUUGAAGUCAAAUUUAAAUAAGUAGGCUAAAUGUUACAUGCAAUUAAUGAAGAGUUAAGAUAAGAAAGUAUCAUUACUUAUAAUAACUUUAGAUAAAAGUGAAACACAAACUAAUAAAUUUUUGGGGGAAUAUAAAUAAAUCAAAGAAUAUGAGUUCUAAGAAUCUAAAAUUGGAUCUCCAAAUCCAUAUGUAGAUUAUAAUAGUACAGCACUUAAUCCAUUGGAUUAUGAAUGUUUCAUAGACUCCUUUUUAUGAUCAUCUUAAAACUAC